UCCAGCCAACUGCUGGAGCUGACUUCCGCAAUCCUGAUGGAAUAAAUCCAGCAUCCCUAGUCUUCCAACCACAUUAGACAUACUUUCUGACCCAAGAGGAGCUCAGACAGCAAGAUUCCCGGCAGCAGGAUGUGGGGGCUCAAGGUUCUGCUGCUACCCAUGGUGAGCUUUGCUCUGUACCCUGAAGAAAUACUGGAUACCCAGUGGGAAUUAUGGAAGAAGACCUAUAUGAAGCAAUACAAUGGCAAGGUGGAUGAACUCUCUCGUCGUUUAAUUUGGGAAAAGAACCUGAAGUAUAUUUCCGUCCACAAUCUUGAGGCCUCUCUUGGUGUACAUACAUAUGAAUUGGCUAUGAAUCACUUGGGGGACAUGACCAGUGAAGAAGUAGUUCAGAAGAUGACCGGACUCAAAGUCCCUGCCUCUCAUUUCCAUAGUAAUGACACCCUUUACAUACCAGAAUGGGAGGGCAGAACCCCAGAUUCCAUCGACUAUCGAAAGAAGGGAUAUGUUACUCCAGUCAAAAAUCAGGGUCAGUGUGGUUCCUGUUGGGCUUUUAGUUCUGUGGGUGCCCUGGAGGGACAACUCAAGAAGAAAACUGGCAAACUCUUAAAUCUGAGUCCACAGAACCUGGUGGAUUGUGUUUCUGAGAAUGAUGGCUGUGGAGGGGGCUAUAUGACCAAUGCCUUCCAGUAUGUGCAGCAGAAUCGGGGUAUUGAUUCUGAAGAUGCGUAUCCAUAUGUGGGACAGGAUGAAAGUUGUAUGUACAACCCAACAGGCAAAGCAGCUAAAUGCAGAGGAUUCAGAGAGAUUCCCAUAGGGAAUGAGAAAGCCCUAAAGAGAGCAGUGGCUCGAGUGGGACCGGUCUCUGUGGCCAUUGAUGCAAGCUUGACCUCUUUCCAGUUUUACAGCAAAGGUGUCUAUUAUGAUGAAAACUGCAAUAGCGAUAAUCUGAACCAUGCAUUGUUGGCAGUAGGAUAUGGGACUCAGAAAGGAAACAAGCACUGGAUAAUUAAGAACAGCUGGGGAGAAAACUGGGGAAACAAAGGCUACAUUCUCAUGGCUCGGAAUAAGAACAACGCCUGUGGCAUUGCAAACUUGGCCAGCUUCCCCAAGAUGUGACCGCAAGCAGCCAACCCCAUCCUGCUCUUCUGUUCCUUCUAUGAUGGUACAAUCUGUUGAUGUACUUUGGAAGGGAGUUGUAUUAUUCUUGAAGUAGAUGUGGUGAUACUGAGACUGUUUAAUUUCUCUAAUUAUUGGUGCUUCAAGUGACACCUGUACAACCUUCUGUUCUUUCCACCCUUUUUCUUUGUGGCCAUAGCAGGAAUUUCCCUAAGAGAUGUAUCCUUUUAGGCUAAGAGAUAUGACCACAGACUGACUUUGUUCUGGGACUGUUGCUAUGUGGAUAGAUGCUUCACGUCUUCAGCUAGGCCAGAUUCUCAUUCAUUGGGAUUAUUUAGCUUUAACCACCCCCAAAGGACUGAAGUGACCUGACUUCUCUACUUCCAAGUCCCCUUCUAAAUCCUCAAGGUAGAUAUUUCUGAGUUUUUUCAUUCCAAUUUACAAAUCUAUUCAUAAAUCUUUGGUACAAGUUUACAAAAUAUAAAAAUGUAUUUUCUUUUUCUUCUUUGAAUUUUUUAAAAUAAAGUAUUUAUCUCUUGUC